AUGGUUUGUAGUUACAAGGACACCCACAUCAUGGAGAAACCAUGGAAAUGUGGGGAGUGUGGGAAGGGGUUCCGUGCCCCCUGUGAACUGGAAACUCAUCGACGCAGUCACAGUGGGGAGAGACCAUUCGCCUGCUCUGUAUGUGGGAAGGGGUUCAAUGGUUCAUCCCAGCUGCUGGCACAUCAGCAGGUUCACACUGGGGAGAGGCCGUUCACCUGCUCUGAAUGUGGGAAAGGAUUCACUCAGUCAUGCAAUCUGCUGACACACCAGCGAUUUAACACUGGGGAGAGGCCCUACACCUGCUGUGAGUGUGGGAAGGGAUUCAGUGAUUCAUCCACACUGCGGGCACACCAGCGAGUUCACACCGGGGAGAGGCCAUUCUCCUGCUCUGAGUGUGGGAAGGGAUUCAGUCGGUUCUGCAACCUGCAGACACACAAGCGAGUUCACACCGGGGAGAGGCCAUUUACCUGCUCUGAGUGUGGGAAGGAAUUUAGUCAGCUAUCCACCCUGCAAGAACACCAGCGAAUUCACACCUGGGAGAGGCCGUUCAACUGCUUUGAGUGUGGGAAGGGUUUCAUUCAGUCAUCCCAUCUGCUGACACAUCAGCGAGUUCACACCAGGGAGAGACCGUUCACCUGCUCUGAGUGUGGGAAGAGUUUCAGUGAUUCAUCCAAUCUGCUGAAACACCAGCGAGUUCACACUGGGGAGAGGCGAUUUAUCAGCUCUGAAUGUGGGAAGGGAUUCAUUAAGUUAUCUAACCUGCUGCUACACCAACGAGUUCACACUGGGGAGAGGCCAUUCACCUGCUCAGAGUGUGGAAAGGGAUUCACUGAUACAGCCAUCCUGCUGAUACACCAAUGGGUUCACACCGGGGAGAGGCCAUUCACCUGCUCUGAGUGUGGGAAGGGGUUCACUCAGUCAUCCCACCUGCAGACACAUCAACGGGUUCACACUGGGGAAAGGCCAUUCACUUGUUCUCAGUGUUUGAUGGCAUUCACUCGGUUAUCCACUCUGCAGACACACCAGCGAAUUCACACUGGGGAGAGGCCGUUCACCUGCUCUCAGUGUGGGAAGGGAUUCACUCGGUCAUUCUACCUGCUGACACACCAGCGACUUCACACUGGGGACUGGCUUGUCUGUUCUGAAUGUGCAAAGAGAUUCACUCGGUCUUACGACCUGCAGACACACCAGCGAUUUAACACUGGGGAGAGGCCCUACACCUGCUGUGAGUGUGGGAAGGGAUUCAGUGAUUCAUCCACACUGCGGCCAUACCAGCGAGUUCACACCGGGGAGAGGCCAUUCUCCUGCUCUGAGUGUGGGAAGGGAUUCAGUCGGUUCUGCAACCUGCAGACACACAAGCGAGUUCACACCGGGGAGAGGCCAUUUACCUGCUCUGAGUGUGGGAAGGAAUUUAGUCAGCUAUCCACCCUGCAAGAACACCAGCGAAUUCACACCGGGGAGAGGCCGUUCAACUGCUUUGAGUGUGGGAAGGGAUUCAUUCAGUCAUCCCAUCUGCUGACACAUCAGCGAGUUCACACCAGGGAGAGACCGUUCACCUGCUCUGAGUGUGGGAAGAGUUUCAGUGAUUCAUCCAAUCUGCUGAAACACCAGCGAGUUCACACUGGGGAGAGGCGAUUUAUCAGCUCUGUAUGUGGGAAGGGAUUCAUUAAGUUAUCUAACCUGCUGCUACACCAACGAGUUCACACUGGGGAGAGGCCAUUCACCUGCUCAGAGUGUGGAAAGGGAUUCACUGAUACAGCCAUCCUGCUGAUACACCAAUGGGUUCACACCGGGGAGAGGCCAUUCACCUGCUCUGAGUGUGGGAAGGGGUUCACUCAGUCAUCCCACCUGCAGACACAUCAACGGGUUCACACUGGGGAAAGGCCAUUCACUUGUUCUCAGUGUUUGAUGGCACUCACUCGGUUAUCCACUCUGCAGACACACCAGCGAAUUCACACUGGGGAGAGGCCAUUCACCUGCUCUCAGUGUGGGAAGGGCUUCACUCGGUUAUCCAGUCUACCGAAACAGCAGCGAGUUCACAACGGAAAGAGACCAUUCACGUGUUCUGUGUGCGGACGAGGCUUCAACAGAUCUUUAAUCGAGGAGAGACACAAGGACACCAACACCAUGGAGAAACCAUGGAAAUGUAGGGACUGUGGGAAGGGAUUUCGGGCCCCGUCUGGUCUGGAGAUUCAUCGGCGCAGUCACACCGGGGAGAGACCAUUCACCUGCUCCGUGUGUGGGAUAGGAUUCAGCAGGUCAUCCAUCCUGCAGACGCACCAGCGAGUUCACACUGGGGAGAGGCCAUUCACCUGCUCCGAGUGUGGGAAGGGAUUCACUCACUCAUGGAACCUCUUGACACACCAGCGAGUUCACACCGGGGAGAGGCUGUUCACCUGCUCCGAGUGUGGGAAGGGAUUCACUCGGUUCUCCAGCCUGCAGACACACCAGCGAGUUCACACUGGGGAGAGGCUGUUCUCUUGCUCGGAGUGUGGGAAGGGAUUCACUGACUCAUCCAACUUGUGGAAGCACCAGCGAGUUCACACUGGAGAGAAGCCGUUCACCUGCUCCAAGUGUGGGAAGGGAUUCUGUGAUUCAUCACAUUUGCUGAUACACCAGCGAGUUCACACCGGGGAGAAACCAUUCCCCUGCUCUGAGUGUGGGAAGGGAUUCACUCAGUUCUCAAACCUGCUGACUCACCGGCGACUUCACACUGGAGAGAGGCCCUUCACCUGCUCUGAGUGUGGGAAAGGAUUCACUCAAUUAAUAUGCCUGCAGAAACAUCAGCGAGUUCACAAGUGA